GCGAAGAUGGAAUUUUCCGAAUGUGUAGAUUCGAACUGAUGUGUAAACAAAUCAAUAUGUCCACCAUCUCCAUGAUUUUAUCAGUCACAGACCGAUGGACAUACAUUAGUUUCGAGCCCUGUUUAAGUGUUAGGUGUAGAUACAUGUACAAGAAGAUAUAACCUAUAUAUUUGCCAAAUUUCAUUUCAAUUUGUCAUCUUGGUAAUAUUAUAAUUAACAGCUCUCAAGUAAUUUUUUACUGCCCUCGUGCAUGCAUGGAGUUGAUUUAAGAGAUAUAUAUAAUCAAAUAAGCUAUUAUAAUGCCAUUUAAUGUUUAAUAUGCAAACUGGUUACGGAACUGCCUGAAAUUACACCGCAAAAGAUCUAAAGACAAUGUAUGGCUAAGAUAUGGAUGCGGCAAGUUUUAGAGAGACAGAUCUGCUUCUUUCAGAGGACAUGGAUACUUCUCUGAAUAACGCCAACACGCGGCGUGGCGGUGCUAACGGUAAUGUUGAUGGGCGUCACAGUACAGUUAGUACGGACGAUGAGCUCCUGGACAUUAGGACGGAUGCACUGGAACACUGGCACGAUUCUGAUGAAGAAGAACAAGGACAAAAUCUAAGUGCAAGUAAGUCACUAGGUUCCUCUAACCUUAUGGACACAUUGGAUGACCUGCCACCAGGAAUUGGUCAGUAUGAGGAUUUCCACACCAUUGAUUGGCUGCGGGACAUUGCCAGGGACCGCAUGCGGCACCGACACAUCAUCAAGAAGAAACAGGACGGCAUUUGGGAGAAGAUAAAGAGUGCCCACGACGCGUGGUCUGGAUGGGUGUGUGUGUUGCUUGUUGGAGUGGCGGCAGGUAUUUGUGCUGGUAUCAUUGACAUUGGUGCCACCUGGAUGUCUGAUCUAAAGGAGGGAAUAUGUGCAGAAGCUUUCUGGUUAAACAGAGAACAGUGCUGCUGGUCAGUUAGCAAAACAGAUGCUAAUGAUGAAUACUGUCAGCAGUGGAAGACAUGGUCUGAAAUUUUUGGAGGAAGCCGAUCUGGGGCUGGUUCUUAUGUCAUCACAUAUCUUCUGUAUGUAAUGUGGGCCAUUUUGUUUGCUAUGCUGGCCGCCAUGUUUGUCAGAGUGUUCGCUCCGUAUGCCUGUGGGUCCGGUAUACCAGAGAUAAAGACGAUUUUGAGUGGGUUCAUCAUUAGAGGCUACCUUGGGAAGUGGACACUUCUAACCAAGUCUGUGGGUAUGAUGUUAGCUGUGUCAGCUGGACUUAGUCUGGGUAAAGAGGGACCGUUUGUUCAUGUGGCCAGCAGCUGUGGAAACAUCUUCUCAUAUCUGUUUCCAAAGUAUGGUACUAAUGAGGCCAAAAAGAGAGAGAUUUUGUCAGCUGCAUCAGCUGCUGGGGUCAGUGUGGCGUUUGGGGCUCCCAUAGGGGGAGUUUUAUUCAGCUUAGAGGAGGUGAGCUACUAUUUUCCGCUGAAGACUUUGUGGCGGUCUUUCUUCUGUGCUUUGGCAGCUGCAUUUGUUCUCAGAUCAAUCAAUCCAUUUGGAAAUGACCAUCUAGUUAUGUUUUACGUGGAAUACAAUGAGCCGUGGUAUAUACAGGAGUUAAUACCUUUCCUGCUCAUUGGUGUGUUAGGGGGUCUCUAUGGAAGUUUCUUUAUAAAAGCUAAUAUUGCUUGGUGCAGAUACAGAAAAAAUUCAAAGUUAGGAAAAUACCCAAUAAUAGAGGUGUUGGUUGUCACAUUCGUCACAGCUCUCCUGAGUUACCCAAACCAAUACACAAGGUUGAACACUAGUGAACUGAUAAAAAUGUUGGUGGGUCGCUGUGGCCCAGAGGAUGACACAGAUCUCUGUGAUUACAAGAGGAACUACAGCUCCCACCAGCUCAAUGAGACCUCGCUCAGGACGAUGACAUCCAGUACGGUGAUCGGGGAUGGCGUAUACAAGGCCCUGUGGAUGCUGGCCUUGGCCCUUGUGUUCAAAGGCAUUAUCACAAUAUUCACAUUUGGUAUAAAGAUCCCAUCUGGACUGUUCAUUCCUAGUAUGGCUGUUGGUGCUAUCAUGGGGAGAAUGAUUGGGAUAGGCGUGGAACAAAUCGUGGUUGCUAACCAUGACAAUCCUUUCUUUGAGAAUAUGUGCGAGUCCAAACAGUUUUGUCGGAUUACCCCCGGCCUUUAUGCCAUGGUGGGGGCAGCUGCUGCUCUGGGAGGGGUCACUCGCAUGACAGUAUCCCUGGUGGUGAUCAUGUUCGAGUUAACGGGAGGACUGCAGUAUAUUGUACCCCUCAUGGUUGCCACGAUGAUGAGCAAGUGGGUGGGAGAUGCUCUAGGAAAAGAAGGAAUAUAUGAUGCCCAUAUACAGCUGAACGGUUACCCUUACCUGGAUAGCAAAGAGGAAUUCACACACACAACAUUAGCCUCUGAUGUCAUGAGACCAAGAUGUGCGCGAUAUGGAUCAGGCUUGAGAAAUGAUCCGCCACUGAGUGUUCUUACACAGGAUUCAAUGACCGUUGAAGAAAUGGAGCAUACACUAAAGCAAAUCUCACAAUGGAUUUCCAGUGGUAGUGUCACAAGAGUCCUCAAUAUCUCGUGGGUUUCGUUCUCAGACGAGAUCUCAAUCUCGCAAUAUCUAAUGCAUUAAAGAUGCAGGAUGGCGUUGUGUACAACUCUACUGUGUAUUUUACCAAUCAAGUUCCUGAUAACCCCAAUGACCCUGCUCCUCUGAAACUGAGGAAAAUAAUAGAUAUGGCACCAGUGACAAUUACAGAUCAGACACCUAUGGAGAUGGUGGUAGAAAUGUUCAGAAAACUCGGACUCAGACAAACUCUUGUCACACAUAAAGG